CUGUUGUAUUCGCGUAGCAACAACUCGACCCCACCAGGCUGCAAAGUUGCGACUGAAGUUUUCACGUCGAUUGCAACCAAUCAAUCAAAGUCAAAAGCAGCAGAGAUCCGGGAAACUAAGAAAGAAGAGCAAUCAAUCAUGUCAAAAGGCGAUUCGGACUCCGUAAGCGGAAACUACGACGAGGCGUGCCAUAUUCCCUCCAACGAACCGCACGGGCGAGAUGCGUCACCUGGGCAUAUCUCUGGGAGCGAAGCGAACGGCUCUUCAUGCAUUGAUGGUGAUAUCAAAUUCGAGCCCGUUGAUCUCGAUAAAACACCUCUCAUUGACUCCGGACUUCCGCCCGAGAUCUGGACCAUCGUCCAAUGCGCACCCGCAAACUUUGCGCCGCAGUACUUUCUCGACGUCAGCCGCAAUUUGCUGGAGAACCCGAACCUGACUGCCUCCCACCUAUCCAGGGCGGAGUUGUCCUACAAAAGCUUUACUGAUGCUUCGUACAACCCGGACGCGAAGCAUCCACAUGAGCUGGCUGACAUUGUCAAGCACCUCCAGGCCGGUCAUCAACCACGGAUCAUUCCUGGCGGUUUCCCCGGGUACGCACUUGAGUGGACGGUGGUGAGGAAGCUCAUACCGAGGAAUCCUAAGUUAGAUGCGCAAUUGUUACAGACUUGCCAUUUAUACACCUCUGCCGAAGAGGUCACGGUGCGAGACAAGGAUGGCAGCUGCGGCAAGAUUGAGGCAGAACGAUACCUUGUUGUCUACUUACCGCAUGCCUCAGAUCCUCAAUCCAUUCCUUUCUACCAUCCAAAGGUACGUGGAGUAGCAAUCUUGUACACCUUCCAGCCCAAUGCUCCUUCGGGCACUGCUCCGGGUACACUCUCGAUAUACUACGACCUCUUUCCCGACAAUCCGCUAGACAACCGAAUGUCGCGCACAGCUCUCAAAAUGCUCGAAAUCAUCCAUAAGCACUCCCGUGGACGUAUGCAAGGGUACCAGAAGCGCGUCCAUCACGACAUGAUAAUCCCGCAGAAAACCUUCCAGGACACGUACGUUUACCUGAAGGGCAAGUAUGCUAAGGAUCUGAUCGAGAAUUGGGUCGAGCAGACUCCGGCGAACAAGCAUGUGUUUGAGGAUUUGGGAAUUGCUGCCUUUCUUAUUGAGUUAUGGUCGGAGAUGUACGGCGGAAACCCGCCACAGGAGAGCGACAACUCGACGAAGGAUCAGGCAAACGUAAGCGCAGAUUCUUCUGCGUCAGCUCUUGCCAUAGCUUCGCAGCAACGUCGUCUGAAAGCCCAGAGGUCCUUCCCAGGUUUCGUCGACAUCGGCUGCGGCAACGGCCUCCUCGUCUACAUCCUUAAUAAAGAAGGCUGGACCGGCUGGGGCUUCGACGCGAGAAGGCGGAAGACAUGGGCCACGUUUGGCGAAGAUUACCAGAAUCAUCUGAAGGAAAUGCUGCUUGUCCCCGAGAUCCUCGACACCAGCGACGGCCAAGACGAAGAACCCGAAACCGUCUCCGGUGCUCCCCCAUCCCACAACGGCAUCUUCCCCCCAGGAACUUUCAUCGUCUCCAACCACGCCGAUGAACUCACGCUCUGGACCCCGCUCCUCGCCCACCUCUCCUCGUCUCCCUUCAUCGCCAUCCCCUGCUGCAGCCACAAUUUCGGCGGGACACGCUUCCGUUCCCCUCAUCACUCUGGCUACUUUGCCUCCUCUACCACGACCUCACAAAAGCAGCCUUCCGCGUACGCCUCGCUGUGCAGCUAUACCGCUUAUCUCACCACCAUUAUGGGGUAUGAGUGGGAGAAAGAGCAUCUGCGGAUCCCUUCGACACGCAAUGUGGCCAUUAUUGGGAGGAAGAGGACCAAGGGUGAGAAGGUGAACGGAAGCUUGGAGGAUAAGCUGGCGUUUGUGAGGAGGAUUGUGGAGGAGGAGAUGGGUGGGGAUACGUCGAUUGAGCAGGUGAGGCUGCAGUGGUUGAAGAGGGGGAGUGGGCUGCUGAAGCCGGGGAAGGGGGGUCAUUGAGCUUUUAGGAUGCUUUGCUCCUUGCGAUGAUGAUUUCCUGCCAACCGUACAACCCAGUAUAUCGAGUUGCCCUACGACAGUGGCUCAGGCUGGAAGCUAUCUGGGCUGAGUGGAAUGACCUCAAUAUUCUGAGAUAUGGUGUAGGUCAAU